AUGUUCGGCGGACAUAUUGAAUUAUUCUCUUUUGACAUCCAGCGUGGAAGGGACCAUGGUUUACCCGGUUAUAAUGCCUGGAGACGAUUUUGUAACCUGUCCACGGCGCAUUCGUUCAGCAAUUCACCCGGUGGACUUGUCGAUCACCCGAAAUUAAUCGCCCGCAAACUUUCACGGAUUUACAACUCUCCAGAUGAUAUUGACUUCCUCCUAGGGGGAUUAACAGAAUCUGCCAUCCCUGGACAAGGAAUCGUUGGUCCACUUUUCAAAUGCGUCAUCGCAUUACAAUUUAAAUUCUUGAAGGACGGAGAUCGAUUCUGGUAUGAAAAUUAUGGAGAAGAAGGAUUUUCUUUGGCACAACUUAACGAAAUCCGGAAAACCAGCCAUGCACGAAUACUUUUAGAUAACUCACAUCUUGGAAAAUUAAUUACACUUUUUUUUUUUUUUUGUCGUGGGUAUUUUUUCUUCGACCGGAGGCUUUCUGUUCGAAAUUUUGUUCGAAUUAAGGAUGGAAUUAUUACAACCGGUCUGAACCAACUUUUGAGUGGCUUCUUGUCAACAAUAAUGAAAACAGGCAAAAUUGUGAAGGAGAAUCAGCCACGGCCACUUCCAAGUAGUGGAAAUAAAACAUCAGUUCAUAAAAGAUGGCAACUGCAGGAACGUGUGGGGAAUGCAGUGUUGAAUUGCAAACAUGGCUCAAAGGAAAACCUGAAAAGACAAGAUGAAGGUAAAAGCAGUGCCAAUAGCCGAAGAAAACUUGAAUUCAAAGAGAAACUUCCCUUGGCAGGCAAAAAAAUUUAUUUGGAUUUGAAAGGAGUCAGGCAGGAAAAGAAAGUAGAGGAAAAAUUAGAACAACUUGGUGCUGUUACUCGUGGUAAAGCGAUGUUGCAAUGUGCUAAAAGGGAUUCUGCAGGUGACAACAUUAUUGAGAGGGCCAAAAAAUUGGGCGUGAAAAUUGUUCCUUACCUCAGUUUAAUGAAAUGGCUUACGAAAGAGCAGUGCAGAAAUUAUGAACAUGUGAAAGAAGCUCCACCCUCAGCAAAGAAAGCCAAAGUAGAAGAUCGUCCAAAAAGUAAAAAGCUUUUGUGCAAAGCAAGAAAUUUGAAACAGCCUUUUAUCAAAUUUGAAGCGCUCAAUAAAUUUUUCCGCCCAGUUCAAAUGGAAUUAAACAGCUGGCCGUACCUGAACAUGAAUUCCACACAGGGCAGCUGUCCAUUUGAUGACUGGCUUCUUGGAGUUAAUGCUGUCAACUCAUCAACAACGCAAGAAGCAACCAAACGAAAGAACAAGAAAGAUGUUGUCGGUUGUUGGUCUGCUGAAUCUGAGGGUCAAGGAGAUGUUCCCAGUCGAAUUCAGAAAGUAAAAAAGAAAAAUGUUCCAAAUCAAACAGUCCAACAAAUCCCUAAAAAUGUCCAUUGUCGGAGAUUGGUCAACUGGGAAAGAAGGAAACUGGCAGAGAAGAAACUCCGUCAAGGAUUUUGUGAAUGUUGUGAAAUACGUUUUGACGACGUUAAAAAGCAUCUAAACUCUCCAGAGCAUUUGGCAUUUGUAAAGAAUGAAUCUAAUUACCGACAACUUGACAGCCUCAUUACAAAUGGAUACAAUGUACAACAGUUUGUCUCCAAUGUUUCCAAUCAUCCAAAAAUGUACCCUGAAAAUAGCUCAAAUUCCCUGGAGUAUUCUUCACCAGGAAGAAUUGUUUUACUUACUUUUAGCAGCUCCACAUCGGCACAUAUAAAUCCUUCGAAAUCCUGUGCUGACACGGUGCUGAAAAUCCCUGAUGUCAAACCAGUUUGUCAGGCACCGACAUCAGAAAGUGACUCUGUAACCUCGGAGAACAAUGGACACAAUGUUUCAGAAAGGCAAACUAAAAUUCUUUCUGCUAAAAGCAGUCAAACUUUGAUCAAAGACUCUUGCCUUUUAACGGCCUGCAUGAAGACACCGGUAAAAUCAACCAACAGGCUUCUUCAGGAUGCUUCCCCAUCACUGAAUGGUAGAAGCCCUCUGAAAUGUCUUCUCAACUCCCCAAGUCGACUAGAUUUCAACACAACAGAAAAAGAGGCCAAUAAAUUCAAAGGCCCUUCUACUACGUGGGCUACCUCGCAUUCAUUGUUUCUCCCAGAAAUCCAGCAACGCCAUUCAAAAAAUGUGGAGUGGGGGACGACAGAUGAUCAAAAUGAAAAUCGGGAAAUAGUUAAGUCUGCUAAGUACUCGUCCCCCUCAUCACAAGAGAACUUUUCUGUAGAGCAGGGCCAAACUCGGGAGGAUCAUUGGAAAUCUCUUGGUAAGAGAACCGGAGAAACUUGUGUUAAGGCCACAACUGCAUUACCUCACCCCUCAUCAGUCACUGCCUGUCUCACGCCAACACAACCUCUAUCGACCAAUGCUGGUAAGAAUUCAUUAAGUCCAUUGUUGGGGAAUAGCUCAGGGUCGAAGUGUGCCAGUCUGUCUUUGAAGAGGAACUUUCGAUGUUCUUCGGGUAAGUCAAAGAGUCGGCGCCUGUUUAAACUGGGAGAAAAAUGGAAAGUUUUGAGUCAGCAGAGUGUGAAAAAAAUUCUUUUUAGUGACGAGUCUCCAGAGUCGUUCACAGGUUUUGAUCCUCAGGACAUUUUCAAGAACUGCGACAAUUCAGAUGUUUCUUAUGAAACUGUCUCGGAGGUCAUUCUCACUGACCCUUCUGAAUUUGAGUGGGUCCUGGGCAACUGUGAAGGCAGACGAGUAACCGAAGGUACACACAGUGACCCCUCCUCUUGCUUUUACAACCCUCAAAGGAAUGUUCCCUUGAGAGACCCUGCUGUUGCUGAUUAUAAUACCUUGCAAGAGAGAUCACUUGCUCAGGAGAACGGUCUUAAAAAAUAUGCAAAAUCACAAGAAGACAUGCUUGUACCAUUUUGUGGAGAAGAUGUUAAAUGUCUCCGUAAGGGUAUGGAGCACAACUUUGCUGAUGGUGGUACCAGGGAGUCGGUAAAUUCUGACAGCCCUAAAAAUUACGACGACAACAUAGAGGUUUAUUUAAAUGCUCACCGGGACUUUCCACCAUAUAUACCAAAUGGUCAGACCGUAGGCUACUGUUCCCAACCCUUUCAACAGAAUUCUCAUAUUGGUCCAAAUUUAAUUGCCGACAGCCAACAUUAUCCAGCCAACGACUUUGAAACGAAAGUGAUACAAGAUCUAGAUUAUUUGCAAACCCCGCGUUACUUGCACUUAGGAACCAUCGACGCUUCAAUUUCAAACUAUGAAUCUGGUUUUGAUAAUCGGUCAGUAAAACAUGUUUAUUUUUCCAACAGCCAACACAUUCAGGAAUUUCAGUACUCGGACACAACCUAUUCAAAUCUGGAUGUUCAAGCACAAGACCCACUCCAGAAUUAUUCUCGUUUAUAUAAUGAGGCAACUUUAGAGCAAUCGUGUAGCCAGUCUUUAAACCAGUCUUUGGAAAAGACGCAAGCAAGCAUGACUCCAGAGCAGUGCUCUUUACCAAACUACAAAGAAAACAUGUCUGUUUUUGGUAAUAAUGGUCAAUGUAAAAAGACCAUUCUUCCGCAAACCCCACUCCCUAAUUUGAGCUACGAAUGCUCGUCCUUAUCUGUGAUGAGUGUGGAGAGGACGUUAAAUGAAUCGGAUCAGAAUCUGGACACACCACCCGAUCCUCCCAUCGGGUCAUCGAAUAGCAACAACAACCAGAACAGCAACAGUUUUGAAGCCAUCCCUGUGUUAAAUUUUGAUAGUUCUUUCAACCUCCCCGUGCAAAAUUUUCCAGUUCUUUCUGAUUUUGCUCAGCCUGAAUAUAACGAGGAAAGAGAUUUCUUAUCUGGCACCGCUUUAAAAGACUCUGAACCUCGUAAUUUUGAAGACCAGAGUUGUUAUAAUAUGGAUAAGUCCAUGGCUGAUGAUAACAUCAUUGCUGAUUCGAUAAACAAUGAAAACGAAAUUGAUGAAAGUAAUAUUGGUAGUCAUAAUAAAACUGAAAUUAGUUUUACUGAUAAUAUAAAAUGUGAUAACAAAAUUGAGCGAAAUAAUAUUUCUAAGACUCUUGCUUUUUAUUUCAAUUCUUAUUUGACCCCACCGCAAGAUGACAAAGAAUAUUAUUCAGAAACCGUCUCUACUGCAGAAACACAUUCCUUAAUAUCGAGUCUUUCUCAAACUGCAGUCUCACCUUUGAAAAAGUCACAAGAGCGUCAACAGACUACCUUAGAAUGUCGGCCAGAUUUACCUUCAGCAGCCAAAUUGUCAGCAGUUUCACCUGAGCUGCAAGCAGGUCAUAAACCUGAUUUUCUUACAGAACCACUAUUGGAAAACGAGAUGCCACAGUUAACCCUAGGCUGUGAGCUGCAGACGCCUCCUUCUCCGCAAAUAGAUGGGUCAUCUUCCUACCAAAAGGUUCUCGAGCAGCUGGAUGAUGAUCUGGAUAUGCCUCCACAGUUGCAGAUUGAAGUUCAACAACCACCUUUGCUGUUGGAUUCCCAGCACCAACUUGCACCUCCCAAAUUAAAACCUGAAGUAACCUUAAGGUCUCAGCCGAAACUCUGUCAUUCAGCCUCUCAACUUGAACAGAAGCAGCCAGAUUCUUCCCCACUUUUCUCCUCCUCGCCCACAUCUUCAUCCCUCCCCAGCAUCACCGAGCCAGCACUGCAGAAUACGGAUCUGGCUGUUCACGGGGAAGACGAUUACAUAGAAUUACCUGCGCUGUUUGUCGUCAAAUGUGAAAAAACUGUCAAGCAUUGCCAGGCCGUGUUCGGUGGUGUUAGAAAAGACCCCAGACACAUUGCUGGUCCACACGUUGCGCUUUCCCCUCCAGAAAGCAGUCGACCAACAGAAUACAUUCUCAGUCAAACGUGUCGAUACCAAUGA